AUGUCUAUGCAGAUGCUAAUAACGCCCAAGAACAAGUACAAUCCAAACCUUCUUAAACAGAUCAAGAAGAUAAACAAUUUAAGAGGCAAGCCAGAAAAUAGCUAUAAAUUCGAUGCAUCAAAAUACAAAGAGCUUGAGUUGUUUGUAUAUCAACAGCGUCCCUUUGUUUAUAAACCAGCACAUGGAAUUAGAUAUUUCUGGAAAGAGUCUUUACCCACAUUGAGGUACCACAAUCCAGACGUUCAAUUUACCGUGACUAACGUAACUGUUGAAAAUGAAGAAGAUUUACCUAAAUUACCAUUGAAAUUGCAAAUUCAUGGUCAAACAGAAGAAAACAGUUCAGUGAUUGACUGCGCCAGUAAGCCACCACAUCAGAUAUUUACUGAACUAAUCAAACUUACAAAUGCUAGACAGUUGACAGAGGAGGAGAUCCCAAAGAUCCCUCUUAGACCAUCAAAAAAAUAG